AUGCUCCACAGAAAUGGGAACCUCCUCCGCCGGGCCUACUCCUUCCCCUCCGCCGCCGUAUCUCCACACCGUCGCCGACCAUUCCGGCCACCGCCGGCGGCGGCGGCGGCGGAAGAUCGCCUCAAAGCCCUCUGCAAAAGCGGCCGGCUUGAAGAAGCCCUUCUUGAAAUGGCGCUUCUCAGAGAAGCGAUGGUUUGCAGCUCCUACGACGCGCUUCUGACAGAGUCCAUGAACCAGAGGUCCCUCCGCUCAGGGCAGAGAGUUCACGCCCACAUUACCAAAACCCGCUACCUCCCUCCAAUCUACCUUUCCAACAGGAUCAUCGUCCUGUACGCGAAAUGCGGCGAGCCCCAGGAAGCCCGGAAGAUGCUCGAGCUAAUGCCCCAGAGAACCGUCGUCUCUUGGACCGCCGUGAUCUCCGGCUUCUCUCGUGGGGACACCCACGGCGUCGCUAUCCAGCUCCUCGUAAAGAUGAUCCGUGAAGGUAAACAGCUCCAGACUUCACCCUUUUCCGCGCACAGAGAAUGACGUCACUCGUGCCUCGCAGGUACCUCCUCGCCGAAUGAGUUCACUCUAGCGACGGUCCUCACUUCGUGCGCGGGGAACGGGAAUCUCGAAAAUGGCGAGCAGGUGCAUGCUCUCGCGAUAAAAACCGGCCUUAAAUCGCAGGUCUUCGUGGGCAGCUCCCUCCUCGACAUGUACGCCAAGUCCGGGGAGAUCCACGGAGCGCGGCGCGUGUUCGAUGAGAUGCCGCAGAGGGACAUCGUCUCCUGCACCGCCAUCGUCUCCGGGUACGCCCAGCUGGGCCACCACAGGGACGCGCUGGAGCUCUUCAAGCGGCUCCUUGCCGAAGGGAUGGCGCCCAAUUCCGUGACCUUUGCGGGCGUCCUCACUGCCCUUUCGGGGCUCUCCGCGCUCCACGGCGGCCGCCAACUCCACGGCCGCUUGAUUCGCGCGGAGCUGCCGUUUCAUGUCGAGAUGGAGAAUUCGCUCGUCGACAUGUACUGCAAAUCCGGGUGCCUCGUUUAUGCCAGAAGGGUCUUCGAUGGAAUGCCCCAGCGAACGGUGGCGUCAUGGAACUCGAUCCUUGCAGGGUACGGGAGACAUGGGCUGGGGAGAGAAGCUCUGGCCAUGUUUGACUCCAUGGUGGAGGAAGGAGUCAACCCCGAUGGGCUGACUUUCUUGGCCGUCCUCUCCGGCUGCGGCCAUGGAGGGCUGGUCAACGAGGGGCUCCGUAUUUUCCAUCGCCUGAUGAACGCCCACAGUGUACUGCCGGGGAUGGAGCAUUACGGCUGCAUGGUUGACCUUCUGGGCCGCGCCGGAAUGUUGGAGAAGGCCACGGAGAUUGUAAGGGAGAUGCCCUUCGAGCCGACGCCGGCCAUCUGGGCCUCACUCUUGGGGGCCUCUCGGGCACAUUCCAAUAUUCCCAUGGCGGAAUUCGCUGCCCAGAUGAUCUUCAAGACUGAUCCCCGGAGCUCUGGGAGCUACGUGAAUCUUGCCAAUGUCUAUGCAGUGAAGGGGCGAUGGGAGGACACCUUCAGACUGAGGAAGAUGAUGGCGGCGAGGAGGCUGCCCAAGGAGCCAGGACGGAGCUGGAUCGAGAUUGAGAGGCCCAAGAUGUGCGAUGAAAAGGGGCCAGAUCUUCUAGGCGAGUUCUAA